AUGUGGCAAGAGGAAACUGUGGAAUUAAUUCAAACGAUUGAAGAAAAAUUGGGAAGUGUGAAAACAAUUGAGGAACGUGAGGAAGUGAAGAAAACGGUUGAGGAAGUAAUGCAGCGCUUUCCUGAGCAGAAUCAAAGGCUCGAAGAAGCUGAACGAAUUUCUAGAUACACAGAGGGUGAGGAAGUUUUGGAGAAAAUUAUGAUUGCCAGGAAAAAGCAGAGAGAAAUCGAGGAACGACUGGUACAGCUGCACGAGAGAAUCCAAAUCGAUGAAAGAGUUAGCUAUCGUGAAACAAUGACGUUUGUUUUUAGUGUAUCAAGCAAUUAUUUUUUAAAGUCUGAAAAUCUUCACAGAAGUCCGACAUAUAUCUUUUACUUGUCUAAGUAUUUCCUAUUCUGUUUUUCAGCUGUGUAA